AUGGAAACAAAUUUUGCUGUAGAGAAGGAUGAUCUGGCCAAAGCGAAACGAGAUUUAUUGCUACGGUUUAUCAAAGAUCAAGAACAACUUCAAACCAGUCAAGUUGGGCUUAAAGCGAGCAACAAUGAUGAAACGUUCGACAUACUUGAUGGCAUAGCGGUCUCUGAAGAUUGUUCAAACAAUGUCGGCAUUGAGCCUAAUAACGCGACUCAUAAACUAAAUGAACAUAGCAAAGCCGGCUUAGAUGAAUGGCAAAACAUCCCACGAAGCCAAACGUGUAUUCCAAAAUUUAGAACUAUCAAGGAAGACUCUUCCUUGGUUGAAUUAAAAGAAGACAAGCUCCAUUACAGAAUAAAAAGUGGUAAAAAGCCACUAGAGAGAACUAUUCCUAACGAAAGGCCAUCUACUGAAGGUUCCUUGCGAAGACUUAGGUCGGCUCCGACAUUCACUGGCAGACAGUCCAGGAACAUACUCCGUUCAGGAGAUAUUGAGGUUAAGACGAGGAAGGUUUCUUCACUUAGUAUCGUUGUUCCAAAAGAAGGCGACAUUGAUAAAUUAACAAGACGGAGGGCUUCACUAACUUGCACCCAGGUGUCACGGCCCCGAGCAACUGUAGGCAUUUCUGCGGUGGAUGUGGAAUUAUUUGAUAAACACACUGUGCCGUCUAUCGCUGGACCCUACACCAUGUUCCAUUUACCGCCCAUUGCUUCAGAGAGUGCACAAACACCACCGUCUACGUAG